UCAUGUGCGCUAAAAAAAACUGGGUCUAAAUUCUGUUGUUUCGGUGUUGUCUGAGAAAGAAAAAGAGAUAGGGUGUUGUCUGAGAAAGAAAGAAAGGGAGAGAGAGGGAGAGAGAGAGAUAUUCAAUGAGGCGGCCAUUGCAGUCACUGUUGCCGGCAGUACUAUGCUGGGCAUUUCUUGUUCUGGGUUGUUGUAAUUCCUCCAAAACAACUUCAGAUCAAGAGAGAGAUAGGAUAACGUAUUUGCCCGGGCAGCCACUCAACGCCGAGUUCAGUCAGUUCUCCGGUUACGUGACCGUGAAUGAGACCGCCGGGAGGGCACUGUUUUACUGGCUGACUGAGUCGCCGGCGAGUCAAAACCCCGUGGAAAAGCCACUCAUUUUGUGGCUGAAUGGAGGGCCUGGCUGCUCCUCUGUAGGCUAUGGAGCUGCUGAAGAGAUUGGCCCAUUUCACAUCAACCCUGACGGCAAAACUCUUUACCUUAAUCCUUAUUCUUGGAAUAACGUGGCGAAUUUGCUGUUUCUUGAUUCACCGGCUGGUGUUGGUUACUCCUACUCAAAUACAACCUCGGAUUUGAAAACUGCAGGCGACAACAGAACAGCUGAAGAUGCAUACACAUUUCUUGUCAAGUGGUUUGAGAGGUUUCCUCAAUACAACCACAGAGAUUUCUACAUCAUGGGAGAAAGUUAUGCAGGGCAUUAUGUUCCACAGUUAUCUCAGCUCGUGUACGAAAGAAACAAAGGAAUCGAGAACCCCAUCAUUAACUUCAAGGGCUUCAUGGUGGGGAAUGCAGUUAUUGACGAUUACCAUGACUACAUUGGCACAUUUGAGUAUUGGUGGACUCAUGGCCUCAUCUCAGAUUCUACAUACGAGGUGCUAAACAAAUAUUGUGAUCCGUAUUCAGCUGAACAUCCUCCGAUUGAAUGUGAGGGAGCUCUGGCACUUGCAGAAGAGGAGCAGGGAGAUAUUGAUGCUUAUAGUAUAUACACUCCUGUCUGCACUAAAACUUCUUCAUCUUCAUCUCCUCGGUUCAAACUAAGGGGUCACUAUCCAUGGAUGUCCAGAGCAUAUGAUCCAUGCACUGCCAACUAUGCACAAGUUUACUUCAAUCUACCGGAAGUGCAGAAGGCAUUUCAUGCCAAUGUGACUGGAAUCCCCUAUCCUUGGGAUACAUGCAAUUAUGAUGUUAAUGGCAACUGGGGAGAUGCUCCUGUGUCAAUGCUGCCUAUUUAUCAAGAACUCAUCGAUGCUGGUCUCAGGAUAUGGGUGUUCAGUGGGGAUACCGAUUCAGUGGUUCCACUAACUGCAUCCCGGCGUUCCAUUAACGCAUUGAAGCUUCCAACCAAGAAAAACUGGUACCCUUGGUAUGACAAUGGAAAGGUUGGUGGGUGGAGCCAAAUAUAUGAAGGGUUGAGCCUUGUGAGUAUACUGGGAGCAGGGCAUGAGGUGCCAUUAACAAGGCCUCAACAUGCUUUGACUCUGAUCAAAUCAUAUCUGGAGAACAAGCCAAUGCCAACUUUGUCAGAAACUCUCAAGUCUAGUUAUUAAAGAAUUGAGAAUUGAAGGUGUUCAACAUAUAUAAUAUAAUGUAUAAAUAAAUGUGCUGUCCAAUCCAACUAUCAACUAAACUUUUAGUUGAGAUGUUUUAAUUUGGCAUCAGAGCAUCUCUUGUAAAAGUUGCGAUUGAAAUAAUAAGUUGUAUUUUAAAAUAAAAUAAAAUAAAAAAUGGUACCGAAAUUGCCACA